GGAAGAAACAAGGUUGGGAAGAACUAGGUGCGUAGACACCCUCCAACCCCGACCCCAGCAGCCUGAGACCCGCCCCCAGGACCGGCCGCUCUGAGGAGUGCCAGCCUUUAAGCCGGCCGUGACACUGCCCCCCAAGACCAUCGCCAGAAAAACUUUGUCCCACUUCCCUUUCACCCUCACUCCUAGAUUAGGGGUGGAGGUAGGAAGGAGGUUAAGAGAAUUACCAGAUGUCCCCGUUAGAGGUAAGGAUAUGAACCCACCAGCUCCCCUUCCCCUCCUGCCUUCCUCACAGCUCCUCCCAGCCCAAACCAGGGCCAAGAAAAAAUCAGCCAGGUCUUCGGGUCAGUUCUCCUAUCUGCCCUCUCCAUCCCUCACCAAUCCACCACCACCACUACCACCACCACCACCACCACUGCCGCCACCCCAGUCCUUUGCCCGCCCCCUCCUCCUUUACAGCCUAAGGCCCCGAGGCUUCUGCGAUAACAGGGCUGGGAUGACGCGGCCCCUUGGCCCCAGCAGCGGAGCACAAAGGUUGGCUGCCUGGCCCGGCCUCCCCUUCCAAGAGCUAGGAGGAGAAAUCCUUUAAAGCCAAGAUGCGGGCCUGAGCCCAUCCAAGAAAAGAGAGCAGGACGUGCAUCUCCAGCUGCAGCUGCAGCUUCAGGCUCCUCUCGAGCUUUCCCUCCUCGCUUUUUUGCAUGUGCUCGCGACUCCCAAGCCGAACUCCGAUAGGAAGGCGCCGGGCCCCUUCCUUAAUAUGUAUGGGGACGUCACUGGCCUGGCCCGGAAUGGGGGUGGGGGUGGGGGCCGUGUCAGUGCGCAUGCGAGCUCUACUUCGGUAGCAGCAGCUGAGCGGUGGCCAGAGACUCUGAAACAGUAAAAGAGACAUGGCUAGAGAUGGCGAGGGACGCAGCCAGACACCAACCACGGCUGCUGCGGAGGCGAUUUUAAAGGAACCGGGGGCCUUAUAAUUAUAAGGAGGAAAGAGGCGAGAGAAGGGAAACAGGGGGUGGAGGGACAGUAUUUCCAAAGCAGUUCAAACAUUUUUAAAAUUAAUUUUUAAGAAAGAAGGGAAAGAACGAGAAAGGGAGGUGGGGGUGAGAGAGGGGAGACAGAGACCAACACAGCGAAACAACCCGUAUCCACCAGAUGUGAAGACUUCCUACACCGUUCCCACUGCCCGGCCAGAUAGAUGUUUUGUCCACCGGGUCGCACGAAUCACAAUGAAUGCGCAGCUGACGAUGGAGGCUAUUGGCGAUCUUCACGGGGUGAGCCAUGAACCGGUGCCCGCCACAGCCGACCUGAUGAGCAGCAGCCCCCACCACCGCAGCUCGGUAACCCAUCGCAGCAGCCACUUGCCCGCUCACCCCCGAUCCAUGGGCAUGGCGUCCAUCCUGGAUAGCGGCGGGGACUACCACCACCACCACCGACCCCCGGAGCACGCCCUGGCGGGGCCCCUGCAUCCCACCAUGACCAUGGCGUGCGAGACCCCUCCAGGUAUGAGCAUGACCAGCACUUAUACCACGUUAACCCCUUUGCAGCCUCUACCUCCCAUCUCGACCGUCUCGGACAAGUUCCCACAUCACCAUCACCAUCACCACCACCACCACCACCCUCACCACCACCAGCGGAUCGCCGGCAAUGUGAGCGGUAGCUUCACUCUCAUGCGGGAUGAGCGGGGACUAGCGUCCAUGAAUAACCUCUACACCCCCUACCACAAGGACGUACCCGGCAUGGGCCAGAGUCUUUCGCCCCUCUCCGGUUCUGGAUUGGGGGGCAUCCACAACUCCCAGCAAGGACUGCCCCAUUAUGCCCAUCCGAGCGCCACCAUGCCCGCUGAAAAGAUGCUCACCCCCAACGGCUUCGAAGCCCACCAUCCCGCCAUGCUAGCUCGGCAUGGGGAACAGCACCUCACCCCCACCUCUGCAGGGAUGGUACCCAUUAACGGCCUCCCGCACCACCCCCAUGCCCACUUAAAUGCCCAGGGUCAUGGGCAGAUCCUGGGCACUGCCCGGGAGCCAAACCCCUCGGUGACCGGCUCCCAAGUCAGUAAUGGAAGUAAUUCAGGGCAAAUGGAAGAAAUCAAUACCAAAGAAGUGGCGCAGCGGAUCACCACCGAGCUCAAGCGGUACAGCAUCCCUCAGGCCAUCUUCGCUCAAAGGGUACUGUGCCGCUCGCAAGGGACCCUCUCAGACCUGCUGCGCAACCCUAAACCCUGGAGCAAACUGAAAUCCGGCCGGGAGACCUUCCGGAGAAUGUGGAAGUGGUUACAGGAGCCGGAAUUCCAGCGAAUGUCAGCGCUCCGGUUAGCAGCGUGCAAACGAAAAGAGCAAGAACAUGGGAAGGAUAGAGGGAACACACCCAAAAAGCCUAGGUUGGUCUUCACAGAUGUCCAGCGUCGAACUCUACAUGCAAUAUUCAAAGAAAAUAAGCGUCCAUCCAAAGAAUUGCAAAUCACCAUUUCCCAGCAGCUUGGGUUGGAGCUGAGCACCGUCAGCAACUUUUUCAUGAAUGCAAGGAGGAGGAGUCUGGAUAAGUGGCAAGACGAGGGCAGCACCAAUUCAAGCAAUUCAUCUUCUUCAUCAAGCACUUGUACCAAAGCAUGAAGAAAUAACCACAAACUAAAACCUCGGUGGAAAAGCUUUAAAUAAAAAUUAAAAAAAAAAAAACCAGGACUUCAAGAUAGCAGGUUUAUACUUAGAAUUAUUUGAAAAAAAAAAAGUUAUUUAUAGUCCAAAGAAACCAAAGACUGAACUCACCUGCAUCCUGACUUUGUUCUGAGACACACACUUCAGCAGGGUGAAGACUUGGCAAAGGAAGUUAAGAGCAAGAGAACUGCUGGGUCUUACACCGUCCAUCCAUGAUCAUUCUUGCUGUGCUUGGCUGUUUAGUGGUUUGAAGCAUAGUGAUUUUUAGCCAUUGAAUGGACAUCUUUUCAGAUCUGACUUCUUCAUCUCUUCUACCACACCAUGAAGGUGUAUGGUGUCUCAGUACUGUGCGCGCACACAUACCCACACACACACCCACCACCAAUGGUUAGGGACUUAGGCAGGGCUGGUCUUCAGGAAGGGUUGUACCAUGGAGUACAGCCAACAUGGUGUGGAGUUGUCUGAGUUCAUUUGAACAGAAGUGGGAUUUUGCUCUUCUAUUGUUUGAACCUGCCAGGCCUGUAACCUAAAUGCAGAUUCAAACCCAGCAAAGAAAAUUUGAAUGACUCCUAAACCAGUGCAUUCUCUUUGUUUGUUAAGGAAUGUUCAGAUAUUUUUUAAGAAAUGAAACAAGAUUCCAUCCAUUUAAAAAACCUAGGUACCAAAGAACACAUUUACUAUUAUAGUGCAGGUAUUUUAUUGCAAUGAUUUUAAUAUUCCAAAGCUAUUUUUACACAAAAUACUAUGUAAAGUUAUACGUAUGAACUGACCUAACUGUAUAAUACAGUAUACAUAUAAUCAUGACUGUUAUUUAGGAUUCUUGAAGCAUUUGAAACAUUAGUUUUCUGAAUUGGCAAGAAAGAAUGUAGCUUCAGGGAAGCAACUAUAUCCCAUCACAAAGGUUGAGGCCAUGAAUGUGUCUUUCCAUCCAAUUGACACAAGCCUAUUCAAGUUUCCCUAAGCAUCACUUGAAUAGAACUCUAGACACAGCCCGAAUAAUCCAUUGGUACUUGAGAAAAACCUGAUUUUGUUCUUUCUAAAUUAUUUCCCUAUUGGCCAUUCUGAACCUACUCUUAACAUCAUGAAAUUAGAAAAGUGGCUUCAGUAAAAAUCUCUUGGUAGAUGCCCAUACUAUCAAAUUAGUGAUUAUAAAUCCUAGGGACUUGGCCCAGGGAUUUAGAUUUAUUUUCAAUCAUUAAAUGCCAAAAUGCUUUUAAAAAUAACCAAAAAAGACUAAUGAAAUUGAGUAAAAAUGGAGGUACUCAAGAAAGAUAUACAAUGGAAAACAUUCACUAAAAAUGACCUUAAUAAGUGAAUCAAAGUGAUCAUAUAGCAAGUUCAAUCACUAAAGAGAUUUGGGUGUCAAGAGACAAUGGACUAUUCAACCUUGAAUUGGGAGGAUUGUUGAUAAUACAUAGAAAAAGGCCAAAAAGGAGGGUAGAUUUUCAAUCCUGCAGUACUUAUAGUAUUUACAUCACUAAGCACAACCUCCAUUGUACACUACAUUCUUUCUUGCUACUACAUCAAGCUGGAUAUUACAUGUCAUAGAUUCUACUUUAUUUAAAAGGGGGCAAACUAAAAGAGCACUGAACCUAAUCUAAAUACAAGACAAAUAUUUUAUAUUUGUUCAAAUCACAGAGCCAGGGACAAUAUACAAUCAUGAGGGUUUUUUAAAGAUCACUAGGAAUGAUAGAAAAGACAACAGAAUCAGAUAAUGAUAAUACACAGGUGGCACCCAAUGAAUCAUUUCCUCUCACUUCUAGAACUAUAGAAAUUCAGGAGGAAAAUUCUCUUAGUUCAAACCAAAACCACAGGUACCAUUUUCAUCAUUAGGCUAAAAACUGGUUAACUUUAAUUACCUUGACUGUUUGAAAAUAUAAAGCUAAGCAUUGUCUCAAUAACAAGUAGUUCAUUCAAACCUCAUAAAAAUGCUUAAGAUAAAGAAAGUAUUACAACAUACUAUCUAGCUCCUUAAGGCCAAAUUUGAACAUCUCUAAUUAUCUGACAGAAAUCUAAAAAGGUGAAACUCAAUACAUUAAUUUCAUUCCUCCUCCUGAGAUCAGUGUUGAAUGGAAUAAAAGAAACUAACACUCCUUUUUGAAAUCUCCAGUGCUGUUGCCUCAAGGCAUUUUUAUUUUAGAUUUUCAUUUUAUCCCAAAUUCCAGCUUUCUUAAAAAAAAAAAAGGCACAAUUACAGUUCAGUUAUCUAAGCAAACUUCUAAAAUUGCAUACCUUCAAGGUUUCCUAGAAAUUCACUAUUGUCAAUGCAGCAUGAAUCAAAGGAAAAAAUGGAUUGAUGUUUGCUCUCUCCAAAAGGAAAAGAAAACCUGCAAUAUAACUUACGUAUUAUGUUGGGAGGGGGAAGCCUUAUUCAUUUCAAAUAUGAGAAUAUAAAAUUCAGGGAACUUCAAGCUGUGUCUGCACACACAUAAAUGAUUUUACUUAAUUCCAGUCUUUUUUUAAACCCACCAAAAAACUGGUUGAACUCAAGCAAUCAGGUUCUGUUUUUGUUUUUGUUAUUAUUUCAUAAUUCCCAAAUGACCAAUUUGAAUGCUUUUUAAAAAACUUUUCUACUAGUUGUUUUGGAUGUAGACACAGCCUCCAGGUAUAUCACCAUUUUUAAAAAGUAUUUCCCAUCAUAGUAUCUUUUAAAAUUAAUCAAUUAACCUAUUUGCUGAAACCAAAGAGAAUUUUCAUACCAGCAUUGAAUUUGCACCCAAUAUGCAAUUUCAGGACCUAGAAAUAUAUUUUUCACAUAAACAGAUGCACAAACUACAGCCUGAAAAAUAAUUUUUUACUUACCUGUUAUGCAUACUUGAGACCUUUGAUUUUUAGAAUCAUAAAUGGACAAGUCCCACCUCUCCAUAAGCAAUAUGCUAAUCACCUCAUAGUUACACGUUUCAUAUUCCUUACUCACCUUCUAAAUAUCACAUUAAAAAAGAAAUUUCACCAUUUCUGCUUAGCAUAGCAUUAUUUUAUGUCUCAGGAUAUUAGCCUAAUACAUUGAUCAAAGCAAACAAUAUGUCAUUAGUUCACUUAAGUUCUCAUCAUUCCUUAUUCUAAGUAAAAUUCAAUGAAAGGACAAAUCUCAAUUUUUUUUUCUUGGUUCCAACACUAUACUCCAAAUAAUCUUUAACAUUUCUUUGUGUGUGUAUGUGUGUGUGUGAAAUUGAAGUUAGUCUGAUGUCAUCCAUCAAUCACCCAGGUCCUAUCACCAAAGGAAAUAUUUCCUGAAAGGGGCCAAGCAGGAGGGUGGGAGGAAUGAUGGUACAGGGAAGGAAGCAGACACCAAAGAACAGGAGGCAAAGCUUUAAUUAGAUUUCAGGUAAAAUAAUUCUGGAUGUCAGGGAUUCAGUCUCAGAAUGCAGCUGGAAUAGACCCUAAAGACCAAAGAAAGGGUGUGGUGGAAUCCAGAAAUUCCAACUGACCCAUGUCAUUCACUGCACCCAACCAUGAGCACCAAGAUUCCUUUGCCAGAAAAAAAAGAAAAAAAAAACAGAAAAAGAAAAAAAGAAAGAAAAGCAAAGCACUGUGUACUUUGGGACUCUUCCCACUCUCAAUGCUCCCCCAGGUGAAUGGCCUAUCUUCAGAGGUUAAAUGUAAACCUUGCUAUACCAAAGAGUUCUAGGACAUUUCUCACAUGAACUGUAAAGGCAAUUUUCCCUAGAAAGGUCCUCCCUUUGUACAUAAAGGAUGAAAACUAUGCAUUUAACAAACAAAGAGAAAGCACUUCUCCCUUUUCUAUCAAGCCAAGUUUAGGGUGCAUUCAAAGGCCAGAGGCUAUUUUGAGAUUUGUCGGGCCUUCUGGGUUAUUAUUGUGGUGUGGUUUCUAAUACAUCUGGUAACUAUUUCCUAAAUAUGAAGGACCGCAAAAGGUAAGAAAUAGCUACUUCCACAAAUGUAAAAAAGAAAUGUGUAAAAAUCUACUAUUUAUAGUGUGAACCAAAGACGCUACCUCACUCGAUUUCCAUUGGUGAUUUUAAUCACAUUGAUGAUACCAAAGAAUACCAAAGAUUUUUUCAUGCACGGCCUUGGUCUGCAAAGGGGACUCAGCCCCUUCCCCUCUCCCCCACCUCUUUUCCCUUUUCUCAAUCUUCACUCAGUGUAUAAACUUGUCUUCAUUAUUGAUAAUAAUAAUGGUAAUAAUAAUAAUAAUGACAUUAGGAAUACUACUCUUACUACUGCUAAUACUACUUAAUAAAUCUUUAGGCAAACAUGUUGCAAACUUUGUAAACUCAUAGGACGAGUGCCUUGCUUGAACCAAAGUGUUAAACCGCUGUUGACCUCUCUCACCUUAUACUCUUUGAAUACCUCAGCCUCUUAGAAAGGCCACUAAUGGAAAAAAAAAAGGAAUAAUUAUUCACCGUGGUGCUUUUUCCCUGCAACCAUGCAAUGAAACUUUCUUUGAUACCAAAGGAAAACUUUUUUUUUCCACUUUCUUGCUGAUGAACCAAAGCUCCUUUUCCUCUUUCCCCCUCCCACCACAGUUCGAGUCCCUCCACCAGGCAGGCCGUGCAUCACUUUUACCAAUUCCUCCAAAUACCUCAUAGUAAUGAAGCUUUAGGGUUAUGUUGUAUAGAGAGUCUAUGUGAUAAGGCAAAACUUACUAGUUUGGUAAUUGUUAAGAUUACUUAAAAAAAUCUUUAUAAUUCUUAUUUAUUUUGUAGUAUGUAUCACUGAGGAUUUUUUCCCUUCAGUUUGGGGGUUGGUCCGGUUUUGUUUUGCUUUUUGGUUGGCAGAACUGCUCUAGGAUGCUCAAGGAAGACUUUUAAUUUCUGGAAAUGUUCCCCAGGCGGGUUAAAGAUUGUGUAAAAAUGCAAGAAAGGUACAAAAAAAAAAGACUUUCAUUUAAGUAGUUGCUUAAGAAAUUUUGUGUUUAGUAGUUGAUUUUUUCACAGGGUAAAAAAAAUUAUCUUUUUUGUGACACUGGGUUCUUCAUGUUUUUUCCUCUAUGAUGUGCUGUGAUUUUUUAAUUUAAUUACAUUUUGUAUGAGCUUAUUUAAUCACUACUUUAAUUUAUGAUUGUGUAGCUUUAAAAAUGUAUAUAGUAGAUUUGAAAUGGCCAAAGCUUUAUGUUACAAUCUUUUUUGUUCUUUAUGCUAAGAUAAGCUGAAGGAGAGAGCUUCUCUUAACUGCAGGGUGUAUCUUUAGACUUGUCUUAGCAGGCACUUCAGUGUGUGUUGUAAACACUGCCAGGUUUCCCCCCUCCUCCCCUUCAAAAAACUUGUAUAUGCCAAAAUGAGUGUUUUGAGGUUGUCCUUUUUGUCACUUAGAAAGAAAAAAAAGCAUUAUUCAUGUGUUUUCCUUUAUUUAUUUGUCUUUUUUUAAGAAAAAAUUCCUUUGCGGGUAAGACCUGCAGUUCCAAAGAAUUUUAAACUUGUUUGAUGUUUAAAAGCACUGGCAUUUGUGAGAUACUUUGCUGACUUUUUUAAAAAUUUACCAUUCGAGUGGGUAUGGGAAAGGCGAGUUGUAAAAACUCUAGAAACAAGCUAACUUGAAUUUGGAAAUACUUCUAAGUUUUACCAAGUUUCUGAAGGGCUUCAAAGGCUGGAGGGAACAUUUCCACUUCUAGAACUACAUGGGUAAUGCCAUGGCUCAGAGCCUCCAAAGAGAAAGUCAUUCCUAAGGACAAAUGGCUGAGCCAAUGCUAUUUAUGAGGCAACACGUAUGAGAAAACAGGAGACUCCCAGAGCAUGAUUUCUCAGUUGCAACUACAAAUUUUAUUUUUAAAAAAGGAAAGUGUUCUUUUCCAUACCUAUUUCUAUCUAGGCUGUUACCCCAAAUCUUCUGAACAUCCUCCCUCAUCCCCCCUCUCUCCACCACCACCCGACUUCCCAAUUCUGCAAAAUUGGAAUUGUUUCAGAGGCCCUGGAUAGAAGGAAUAAUGGAUUCCCCAAACAAAUUAAGUUUGUCCUUCCCCAUAUUUCAUCCUCCCACCAUUUUCUUUUUUCAAAUUAGAAACAACAAACUUCAUCCAAGCCUUGUUAAUGUUUUUCAAAUGUUUGGGGCCACUUAAGCCCAAUAAAUGUAGAUACACAAAGAUACAAUAUGUCUAUACAUGCAUACAGUGUGAGUAUACACACACACACACACACACACACACACACAUACACACACACAAAGAAUUCUACAAACCUGACAAAUGGCAUCGUCAGGGGAGAUGAUGCCUGCUAUUUUGCUUGAGUGAUAAUUUCUGUUUGAAAUGAAUGUCAUCAAUUCAUAUGAUUUAUUACCAAUGUAAAUAUUUUCUUUCCAGGCGCAAUAGUUAAGUUCAAGGUGUACCUUAUUUUCAUUUUCAGGGACAUAAUAUGGGGGGUUUAGGGUGGGAAAGGAAAGGGAGGGCUUAAACUUUGGGUCAAAUGUUACAUUUUCUUAGAUACAUUUUAUACUUGUCAAGUAUUUAAAUAGGGCAAUAAAGCUGCUCUGAAAUGCAGGAUCAUUCAAUGGUCUGUCAUUGGUAAGCAUUGACUAAUUAUCUGCUUUAAAUACAUACUGUAAUGCUGUGCAGUGAGUUAUGUAUAACACAAAGAGAAAACCCAGGAAAAAAAAAAAUCAGUAGUUAUUAACUCGUCUUCUACCAUCAACAAUGAAACACUGAACAGAACUGUAUCCCUAAGAGUUAUGUUUUCUGUUUCUCCUUUAGCCUUUUGAAUUUUUGUGGUAUGUUCUGCAUUUAUUGCAUCAUCAUUGUGGGAUCAUUUUAGUUUUGCAUUCAAAACAAAACAGCAGUAUUAAAAAAAACAAUAAACUUUCAAAAAUUGUCUUUUACUUGCUUCAAUAGUUGUGUUCCUAUAUCCUGAUGGUGUUAUCCUAUUGGAAGCCAGCCCACUAGUUUGUGUUCCCUGAGAUCUCUCCCUUCCCCUUUCUUGAACUGUUCCAUUCUCAACACCUUUGACCUUAGCUAUUGUUUGAUUGUGUCUCAGUUUCCAUGUUCAAGUUAGCUUGAUGGUUUAAUUAUAUAAGGAGGGUGCCUAAGACAAUCAUCAGGUAAAAAAAAAAAGAUCAGUAGAGGUAGAAAAUCUUCCAAGAGCAAGAGGGAGUUCUUCCUUAGCGAUGAAAAAAUAAAAAUAAAAACCAUGAGGGGCUUAGGAGAUUUUUGAUAAAAGACAAAUGUUGCUGUCUUUUUUGUUUGUCAAUUAGAAAGCAGUAGUAGUUUAUACGUUGCAUCUGCAUUUCAGACUAAGUGAUUAUUGUACCCAAUUACAGUUGAUUGCUAAUAUUUUGUCAAUCUCUCUCUCUCUCUCUCUCUCUCUCUCUCUCUCUCUCUCUCUCUCUCUCUCUCUCUCUGUCUCUCUCUGUCUCUCUCUGUCUCUCUCUCAGUCCAAUGCUUCUUCUGUACUUUUGUGUGUAGAGACAGAAAGAAUAAUGCAUUAGGCAUUAUUCUGGUUUGUUUAUGGGUAUCUCCUGUACUGCAUUAAGGUUUCUUUCCUUUUUUUAAGCUUCGCUACUGUUCUCACUUUAUGCCGUGCAAUAUCAUCUGCUGUGUUUGCUAAGCAAAAAAGAAAAAAGAAAAAAAAAGCAAGUGAUGAUGCCAUCAUGCUUUUCAGUGUUAAAAUGUUUCAGCGUUUAUGUAGUCACCAAAUGUAGUCAAUAAAAUGUUGGAUUUUCCAGCACUUUAAAUUUA